AUGUCUACCACAGCCACCGUCACCUCCCAGACAUUUAAAAUGCCUGCCGCCCGCGCCCUCGAAAACGCAAAACAGUCCUCCGAAGCCGUCCUCUCAGACGCAUCCUCCGCCAUGUCCAAAGCCGCCGAGAACCCCAAGAAAGCCACAACAGACUUCCUCCACACACCCUUCAUGCGCGGCGCGCUCCCCUUCAUCAACGGCGGCCUGGCAGGCAUGACAGCCACAACCGUCAUCCAGCCCGUCGACAUGGUAAAAGUACGUCUCCAACUCGCGGGCGAGGGCGUAAAAACCGGCCCAAAACCCACACCCAUCGGCAUCUUCAAAGACAUCAUCGCCUCGGGGAAAGCAAUGGACCUCUACACCGGCCUGAGCGCCGGCCUCCUCCGCCAAGCCGUCUACACAACCGCCCGCCUCGGCUUCUUCGACACAUUCAUGAAAUCGCUCGCCGUGCGCGCCCAGGAAAACGGGACGAAAGUCGGCUUCAAGGAGCGCGCAGGCGCGGGUCUCGCGGCGGGCGGCCUCGCAGCCGUCGUCGGCAAUCCCGCCGAUUUGGCACUCAUCCGCAUGCAAUCCGACGGCCUGAAGCCCGCCGCACAACGCGCGAACUACACCUCCGUCAUCGACGCACUCACACGGAUAUCCAAGGCCGAGGGCGUGGGGCGGCUCUGGGCCGGAUGCUAUCCGACCGUUGUGCGGGCCAUGGCGCUCAACUUCGGGCAGCUAGCGUUUUUCUCAGAGGCAAAAGACCAGCUCAAGCACACGUCGCUGUCGAGCCGGAAUCAGACGCUGGCUGCGUCUGCGGUUGCGGGGUUCUUCGCGAGCUUCCUGUCCCUGCCGUUCGACUUUAUGAAGACGAGGCUGCAGAAACAGACUAGGGCGCCUGACGGUACGUUGCCGUACAAGGGCAUGUUGGACUGCUUUGCGAAGGUUACGAAGGAGGAGGGGUUGUUGAGAUUUUACCGUGGGUUUGGCACGUAUUAUGUGCGUAUUGCGCCGCAUGCGAUGGUGACGCUUAUUGUUGCCGAUUACCUCGGCUUUAUUACAAAGUAG